GGUAUGGAUGAGCCAAAACUAAAAAUAAGAGAUAUGUGCUGAUUAGAAGGCUCACAGUACGGAGUGGAGGAUAAGACAGUGCCUUACAAAAAUGGGGUUUGGGAGUGACCUGAAGAAUUCACAUGAAGCUGUGUUAAAAUUGCAAGACUGGGAAUUACGAUUACUGGAAACAGUGAAGAAAUUUAUGGCUCUGAGAAUAAAAAGUGAUAAAGAAUAUGCAUCUACUUUACAGAACCUUUGUAAUCAAGUUGAUAAGGAAAGUACUGUUCAAAUGAAUUAUGUCAGCAAUGUAUCCAAGUCUUGGCUACUUAUGAUUCAGCAGACAGAGCAACUUAGUAGAAUAAUGAAGACACAUGCAGAGGACCUAAAUUCUGGACCUUUACACAGGCUCACCAUGAUGAUUAAAGAUAAGCAACAGAUGAAGAAAAGUUUUAUAGGUGUUCAUCAGCAGAUAGAGGCAGAGAUGAUCAAGGUUACAAAGACAGAAUUAGAAAAAUUAAAGUCCAGCUAUAGACAGUUGAUAAAAGAAAUGAAUUCUGCCAGAGAGAAAUAUAAAGAAGCUUUAGCUAAAGGGAAAGAAACCGAAAAGGCCAAGGAACGAUACGACAAAGCCACAAUGAAACUUCAUAUGCUGCAUAAUCAGUAUGUAUUGGCAUUGAAAGGGGCACAGCUUCAUCAGAAUCAGUAUUAUGACACCACACUUCCUUUGCUUCUGGACUCCUUACAAAAGAUGCAAGAAGAAAUGAUAAAAGCACUAAAAGGUAUAUUUGAUGAAUACAGCCAGAUAACCAGUCUUGUUACAGAGGAAAUAGUGAAUGUCCAUAAAGAGAUUAAAAUGUCAGUUGAACAGAUAGACCCUAGCACAGAAUACAAUAAUUUCAUAGAUGUUCACAGAACAACAGCUGCUAAAGAGCAAGAAAUUGAGUUUGAUAUUUCCUUACUAGAAGAAAAUGAAAAUCUUCAGGCAAAUGAAAUUAUGUGGAAUAAUUUAACAGCAGAAAGUUUGCAAGUAAUGUUGAAAACCUUAGCAGAAGAACUUAUGCAGACACAGCAGAUGCUUUUAAACAAGGAAGAAGCUGUCCUGGAGCUAGAGAAGAGAAUUGAAGAAUCUUCUAAGACCUACGAAAAGAAGUCUGAUAUUGUGCUUCUGCUAAGCCAGAAACAGUCACUUGAAGAGCUGAAACAGUCAGUCCAGCAGUUGAGAUGCACUGAGGCAAAGUUUACAGCACAGAAAGAAUUACUAGAACAAAAAGUACAAGAAAACGAUGGGAAAGAGCCACCUCCAGUAGUAAAUUAUGAAGAAGAUGCACGAUCAGUUACAUCUAUGGAAAGAAAGGAGAGGCUCUCCAAGUUUGAGUCUAUUCGUCAUUCAAUUGCUGGAAUAAUUAGGUCUCCAAAAUCUGCACUGGGCUCUUCAACAUACUCUGAUGCAGUCUCCAUAAGUGAGAAGCCCCUGGCAGAACAGGACUGGUACCACGGUGCAAUUCCCAGAAUAGAAGCACAAGAACUUUUAAAACAACAAGGAGACUUCUUGGUGCGAGAAAGUCAUGGGAAACCUGGUGAAUAUGUCCUUUCUGUAUAUUCUGAUGGACAAAGGAGACACUUUAUCAUACAAUUUGUUGAUAAUCUGUAUCGAUUUGAAGGCACUGGUUUUUCAAACAUUCCUCAACUAAUAGAACAUCACUAUACAACAAAACAAGUCAUCACUAAGAAAUCAGGUGUAGUUCUGCUGAACCCUAUUCCUAAGGAUAAGAAAUGGGUUCUCAAUCAUGAAGAUGUCACGUUGGGAGAACUACUGGGCAAGGGGAAUUUUGGUGAAGUAUAUAAGGGCAUAUUAAAGGAUAAAACUGCUGUUGCUGUUAAAACAUGUAAAGAAGAUCUUCCUCAGGAACUGAAAAUAAAAUUUUUACAAGAAGCCAAAAUUCUCAAGCAAUACGAUCAUCCCAAUAUUGUCAAACUUAUAGGCGUUUGCACACAAAGACAGCCUAUCUACAUCAUCAUGGAACUGGUUCCAGGAGGUGAUUUCCUCUCCUUUCUGAGAAAGAAGAAGGAUGAACUAAAACUCAAGCAGUUAGUGAAAUUUUCAUUAGAUGCUGUUUCUGGUAUGUCCUAUCUCGAGAGUAAAAACUGUAUACACAGGGAUCUUGCUGCAAGAAACUGCCUGGUAGGUGAAAAUAACGUUCUGAAAAUCAGUGACUUUGGAAUGUCUCGUCAAGAGGAUGGUGGAGUGUAUUCAUCUUCUGGCUUAAAGCAGAUUCCCAUUAAAUGGACAGCACCAGAAGCUCUUAAUUAUGGUAAGAAUAGACUAUACAGUUCUGAGAGUGACGUGUGGAGCUUUGGCAUCCUUCUCUGGGAGACCUUCAGCCUAGGGGUCUGCCCAUACCCUGGAAUGACAAAUCAGCAAGCACGGGAACAAGUGGAAAGAGGAUACCGAAUGUCAGCCCCUCAGCAUUGCCCAGAGGACAUUUUUAAAAUUAUGAUGAAGUGCUGGGAUUAUAAACCUGAAAACCGUCCCAAGUUCAGUGACCUUCAGAAAGAGCUGGCUGUCAUCAAGAGGAAAAUCACACAGUGA